CAGUCGUAGCAACAUUAUAUGCGCGUGCGCACGUAUCAAAUAAUUGUGUGUCUGUGAUUGUGCAGUGAAGUGUAAGACCGAAGAGGCUUGUCAAAAAGUACAUACAUAGAUCCUAAUUUCAAAAUGGUUCCCUCAGUCAGAAGGAUGUGGCUCUCCAGCAUCGUGUGUUCCACGUUAUUCGUGAUGGCGAUGUCUGCCGGGAACGAGUACCUUCCUCCGAGCAAGGGUUACAACUACGAACCGCCUUCCAUACCCUUCCCUACUAAUAAUAAUGGAAACAAGCAACCAACACAGCCGCCGUACAGGCCGACCACACCCCCGAGGCCGUACCUGCCACCCAACCCUCAGCCGACUCCCGGACCUGGACCCUCGCCUACUCCUGGGCCCCACGAUCAUCCCCAUGAUCAUCACCACCAUGACCACGACCACGGCAAUGGUAACGGCAACCAUGACCACGGGGAUCAUCAUCACCACGAGCCUGGCAUGCCUUUCGACUUCUCCUACCAGGUGGCUGAAGAUGGCAAUGACUACAGCCAUAACGCGAUCUCCGACGGUGACAUCACCCGGGGAGAGUAUAGAGUAGCCCUGCCUGAUGGACGAACUCAAAUCGUCAAGUACACCGCCGACUGGAAAAACGGUUUCAACGCUGAGGUGACAUACGAAGGCGAAGCGAGGUACCCAGACCAGCCAGCUGGCGGAUACGGCAGUGGAAACCCCGGUAAUGGCUACGGCAGCGGUAGCACGGGCGGCAACGGCUACCCCAGCGGGUCAGGUGGCUCCGGAACUGGCGGACAAGCAUACGUCCCCCCCAGCCAAGGAGGCGGCUACCAAUACUAAAUAAUACCCAACGAUAACGCAGGUUUAUAAUGAAGUUACGAUGAAUUUGAAUUUCUUGCUAGAAUUACGCGAAUUGUUGUUUUAAUAGUCGAUUUUGGUGGAAACACCUCUAUUUAUGUCAUGAUUUUGGCAGCUGUCAAAUUGAAUCGAAAAUUUCCCGCCAUUGCAGAAACAAAAAUGGUUGAACAAUUUGAAAGAAAACAUAGCCAUACCUAUUUGAUUAGAUAUUCAUAAAUAAAAUAACGAUUCGCGUAGUUUUAGUAGGGUUUAGUGAGGAUUACAAACACGUUUGUUAAUUGCCCAUUUAACUGUUUUUCUUUAUAACGAUACUAAGUUCUGAAUCAAACUUUUUUAACACUGAUGGCAUGCCUAAUACCACCUCUUAAAAGUCGACUAAAACUGUUUGUAUCAGGACUUAUUCGUUACAAAGACUAAACAGCCGAAUAAUUGUUUUUAAUAUAAUACCUAUAGUUUAAGUUAGUAUUACA